UUAGGAGCAAUCCCUUGUCCGAGCACUUGACACUGCUAGAAAGAGAGAGAGAGUUGCAGAAUAGAGAAAGGAGGGAGGGAUAUAUCAUAGAGAAGAUAUAAAAUAUGUUGGGUAUCUUCAGCAGCGGUAUUAUGUCGCCACCGGACGAGUUGGUGGCAGCCGGCUGUCGGACGCCAUCGCCGAAGAUAACGUCGACGGCAUUAGGAAAAAGGUUUAUUGAGAGUAACGCAUCUGCCGUGUCGGUACAGAUCGGAGACCAUGUCCAUUUAGCCUAUACACACCACUGCGAGUCGGUUCUACAGCCCAGAUCGUUUGCAGUGAAGGAAGACAUUUUUUGCUUGUUCGAGGGGGGUCUGGACAAUUUGGGAAGCCUGAGGCAACAAUAUGGACUGGCUAAAUCGGCCAACGAGGUGGUGUUGGUGAUCGAAGCUUACAAGGCACUUCGUGAUCGAGCCCCUUACCCUGCCAACCAUGUCGUCGGUCACCUUGAGGGCAAUUUCGCUUUUAUUCUUUUUGACAAUUCUACGAACACCUUAUUCGUCGCUUCUGACCAAUUCGGUAAGGUUCCUCUUUAUUGGGGAAUCACCGCCGAUGGGUAUGUUGCCUUUGCCGACGAUGCCAAUUUGCUCAAAGGUGCUUGUGGCAAGUCUCUUGCAUCUUUCCCUCAGGGAUGCUUCUUCUCCACAGCAGCUGGGGGGCUGAGAAGCUACGAGCACCCUAAGAACAAGAUCACUGCAAUUCCGGCUGAGGAAGAGGAGAUAUGGGGAGCCAAAUACAUGGUGGAAGGACCAACAGUUAUUGCAGCUAUGAAGUAGAAAGUCUUCUCUUUUCAACUUCUCCUGACAACCUCCUUUGUCCACUUGAGAGUGGAUUGCAAACUGGAAAGAGUGCAGUGGUUGCUGUUUGGAAUUGUAAAUAUGGAGGAGUAUGAGAGUUAACUAGUGCUGAAUGGAACAACUCCUUUUCUCUGCAACUUCACUAAUAGCGGCAACAUCAAUACUGAGUUGGGUAUAGUGUGUAUUAAUCAGUUUAUGUGUGUUCUUAUCUUUGAGUCCUAGCUUGUCACUUUUUUUUUGGAUAAAAUUUGCUUCUUGCUUUCAUUCAUGUAAAGGUCAUGCUCUGCAAUAGCUUUUAGUAGCUUUGUAAUAAAGAAAGUCUUUACCAACUCUUCAUGGAAGGGAUCCAAUAAAGCGCCAUGCCUUAGCUUCUAA